AUGGCCCAAGCACUUUAUAUAAUGUUUAAGUCAAUUCAGAUUUGGUAUAUUAAAAAAGAUGCGUAUGUCAAUUUUUUUCUUCCUGUUUUCGUAUGAAACUUGAUGUUUGUGGGGGUUAUCUCAUUCAUUGUUUCCGUGCUUUAACAUUUUGCAUUUGGCACUGUUGAAACUUUCUAAACAUAUUUUUCUUUUAUGACAUUUUGGGUUAUAUGCCAGCCAUGGUGAACCCACCAUGGGCAUGAUUGUUAUUUCUGUCUCCCACACAUGGUUCUCACCCUCUUUUCUUCAAUAUUCCCACUCAUUUUUUCAUAUUUUACACACACACACACACACACACACACACAUUUCCAGAUGAUUUUAGAAUGGAGAUUUCUGAGAUUGUUGCUGUAGUUGUUUUCAUAGCUCCACAAUUCAUUUUAUUUUACAUGUGAACGUAUUUUUAAUAUUUUUCCCCACUAAAAAAAUGAGAUACCAAAUCUAAUGACUUUUUUCCCUUUUCUGAGUUUCUCAGUAUCAGAAUGAGAUCCUGCUUUCUAUGUAAAAGGAUGCUAAAAAAGAAAAGGGAAUCUUCAGCAAUUUAGGUUUGGAACAAUUGGUGAUAACUCUGAGUAUAACGUUUAUAGCUGAAUAUUCUUAAAUUUGAAUAUCUUAAUAAUUUAGAGUGAUAAAUACUUUUUCCUGAGAGUGGAAUGAAUAGGAAAAAGAAUUUAUUAGAAUUGCUUAGGUGAGCAAAUUCACUGAAGUUAUUUGUGUAAAGUUUUCUGUUAAAGUUUAUCCACUUCUAAAUCAAAUUAUAAUAUUUCUGGGUUUUUUUAAAUUGCAAGUUAACUGAAUUUAGACCAUUUGUAAUGGAGUACACUAUAAAACUAAAAUGAUCACUGCUAUUAAAAUUACUCUUUUCACCCAGCUGCAUUAAUUACCAUAGAGAAUUUGCAGUAUAUUUUUAAGAAAACCUGAUUUCAAUAUUUGGGGAGUUAUUUGAUCAUAAAAACCUAAAUUUAAGGCCUAGGCCAUUUGACAGGCUCUUUUCAAACAGAAAUUUCAUUAUUACGGGUUAAGUGAAGAUCAUCUAAACUAGCAUUAUCAUGUCAGGUAGAAUUCCAUAAUGCAAAAACGACCAAGUGAAAAGUAAAAGAUAUGAUUGGUUUCAAGCCAACAAUUUGUCAUCUUACAGCUGCUAAACUGACUACCAAGUUUUGAUGUUGAAUGGUCUAGGCAAUUUAUGUCUUUAGGAAAGCUGAGUAUGGCGUGGGUUGGUUGUUAGAAACAUUUUUCUUAAAAAAAAAAUAUCAUAGUUACUCAUGUAUUUUUAUUUUGUCCCCAUAUUAUGUUUGGUAUUUGUUUUCUUUUUCUUUUUUUUCCCUGAUGUGCUUUGCUUUUGUGGAAAAUUGUCUUGUUUGAUAGGUAGAAACAUGGUGGUGAUCCUCUAUGUAAAAUAAAGUUAAUUCUUAAGGACCAGAAAUAUUUUACUCACUUUGGAAUUGCAAGGUUUUUGAAUUUUCAUGAAAGCAUACUUUGUUUUGAUGACUAUUAGCAGUUUGCUUAUUAAUUAAAAUUUUAUAGCAUUUCAUGGGGAAAAUUAAGCUAAAAGUUUAAUUUUCUUGAUUUAGGGUGCACUUUAAUAAUUCAAGAGGCCUCCAAGUUCAAGGACCAAACCUUUAUAUUUUGGAAUUUUGAGAAUCAUGGAAGUACUCUUCUUAACAUGUGUUUUAGUCUAAACUGGAUUAAAACAGAAGGAUCCUCAGAGGACUUAAGGUGUCCUUAUUGUGAAGUAGCAAACUUAUGGGACAGGUGACUUAUGUAUUCACCUUGACUAGCUCAACCAGUGAUGGGCAUCAGCUAAUGAAUUAUUAGAAACAUGUUGGGAUUGGGUCAAGCUCCCAUUCAGCUGGAGUGGAUUGGCAAUUUCCAGUGUAGGUAGUUGUUGAUGGCAUUUGACCUACCUCCCUACCAUAUACGUUUGGCUUUUUUUUUCCUCCCAUCCUCUUUUUUCCUUGUUUCGCUCUCCUUUAUUAUCCUUACCAUAGGCCUGCCAGUGACACUCAAACUUACCCCUUUAAGAGGGAAGUAAAGAAAUUGCUGGCUCCUGCCUUAGAACAUAGCUAACUGAUCCCAGAAAGAUUUCUGUAUAAUGAAGUAAUUGGGCAGUUUUUCUGAGUGCUGUUUUCCCCAUAGUCUUAAACUGGCAAUCUGAAGGGCAUUGAAAUUGUUAAGAAAUUCGUGUAUUGAAGAGAGUAAGAAGUAUGUGUAUUUUAGGUAAGUUACAGGGGGGUGAGAUUUACUGGUUUGGAGAUUUGAGAGCAGAAAGGGAAGAACCGUUCAAUGUGUUCAUGAAUGGGAGUGUGAGAGUUAUUUAUAUAAGGGAAUGGUUUGGAGGUAAAGUGGGAGAAAUUUUUAUUGGGAGGUAGGAAAAGAUACUAAGGUGGAGUCUUAAAUGAGCGUUGUUUGCUAAGGACAAUGAAGUUGAUCUUCACUAAUGAAGUUUCAAUAAAGCCGGAGAAAAUGGGUCCCUUGUUGGUUAUGAGAAAGCUGUUGGUCGGUAGCUAGAUAUGAUGAUGAUGCAUUAUACAAUCUGCUUUCAGGUGUAGGAUAUUUGCUUUUCUGGUCAAAUUAAGUAGCACAAUUGUGGAAUGACAGCUUUUCUGGUCAAAGCAUGUUGGUACUGGGGACUUACUAUUUUGAGGGAAAGAAGAUAAGAAAAUUUCAAACUUUUCCACUUAUCAUUUUUAAACUAUCAGAAAUAUUUAUUAUACAGAUUAUUUUUCUGGGCUCAUGUUUCAGUGUAGUUUAGCUUUACUUUUCAAAAUGGUCCUUAGAUCAAAUCAUUUGAUUUUACAGUUCACAAAGAUCCAUAUCAUACCUUGAUUUUAUAGAAUCUUGAGCCUUUGGUCCACAUUAAUUUCUUACAAGAGAGUAAACCAGGUAAAAACAGUAAACUGCAACUUUAGGUAUCUUUUUCAUUUCUUUUACAUUUGCAGUCCCGUCAUUUACGACUGUGGAUCUUAUGAGACCCUCAAUAAUACUAUAUUUCUGAAAUUAGACAACAUACCUCCCAAAACUCAAAUUUCUGUUUGUAUUCCCACUUUCUCUGUUAUUUUAAAAUUGUAGAAUUCCCAAGUGUUCAGUGGUGGCAGAUAAUAUAAUUUAGUAUAUCUUGGAAGUUCCUAUGUUCUUUGUAGGGUGAACUGAUAGUGUCUAGAUUUCUGUUCCCAGUAUCCCAGGAACAUUUUUAAUUAUUUAAGAUAAAGAAUUGCUAUAAUAUUUUGUUUUUUAAAUUACAUAAUUCAAGUGUAUUUGGACUCCUUUUUAGUUUAAUAUGGACUUAUUCUCAGUGAUUCUGACAGAUUAUUUCAUUUUACCCAAAUCUGUAUACAUUAGUGACAAAAUUUCUUAGAUAGCUAAAAAAGAGGUUCUGAUUUUGUAUCUGGAAAGUAACUUUUUUUUUUUUUACAAAUGUCAAGUUCAUUAACAAAAUUAUUUUUAUUAUAAUUUAUUUUUUAGAAUUAACACUUCGUAUGCUUUUCCCAUCCUACCCAUUUUAAAUUAUGAUACAAUUACAUUCUAUAACUUGUUUAAGUCUGUGCAGAGCCUUCUUAAAUAGCCCCUCCCUUAGGAAUUGUUUUUUUAAAAAGUGAAUUCCCAAACCUAGUCAAGAACCAGUGAUUUAAAUAACUGCCUUUGAAAGGAUUCCUUGAGUCUAGUCAAUGGAGAUAAAUGAUAGCCCAUUUCCAUGCUGCAUACAGUUGUUAGGGUUUAUAAAGUUAUCAAUAUGUAAAAGUGCAAAAGCAGGAAAGAUAUAAAGUUGCCUAUAAAAUUUCUAGUUUUCAUUAUUUGCACUAUUUAUCUUUGCACUUGAUUUUUUGAAAGUUAAGACUAGUCACUUUCACUUUUGUUUCUAGUCUUUUCUAAUUUCUUACAGAAUUGUUUUCAAUAUCCCACCCAAAGCAAAACUUAUAUGCAAUUAAAUAUGCUUUAUAAGUCCGAGAAAAUAUUUCUUAGUGUUAGCUAUGUAGAACAAAAAUUUUUUUUGAUAAAAAUUUUUAAUAUGGGCCUUUAUUUGCCAAUAUAAUCCUUUGUAAAUGUGAGCUUUAUUAAACUAUUUAAAUAGACAAAGUGAAAGCUUAGGAUAGAAAAAAAAUAUAUAUAUAUAUGUAUAUGAAACGAUGUCUUUGAGAUCCAGCUUCCAGCCUGAGAUGGCCUGGUUUUGGAGUGUUGAUUUAUUUUCACUGAAGUCAAUGAGAUCUGAGUCUAGCUGGGUAUUGGCUUAAAAAGCUGGAAGUGAAGUGGGUGGCAAGUGGCAGCUCCCUCUUUUAUGUAGUUUUCCAUAAUGCUCAAAGAGUUUCAUCAUGGUCUAUAUGAUAUAACUGGGUAUUGAAAUAAUUACAUUAAAUGAAUAUUCCUUUUUGGAAUUCAAGGUUCACUCACUUUUUGAGGGGGGGAGGGUGGCAAGGGAUAAGAGACUUUAUUUUAACUAGAAGAAUUCUUAUAACCUCAAGAUGUGCUCUAGGAAGAAUAGGAGAACAAAAUGUGUACCUGUGAACAUAUUUUUUGUCUUAGUGAGAUUGUGCAACACAGUGUUCAAAAUUGCAAAAAAAAAAAAAAAGGUUGAUAGUUUUGUCAAUAGAACAGAAAUGUGUUUUGGCUAAAAUUAAUUUUUGUAAGUUAUUUAAUUAUUUCAUUUUAUAUUCCCUUCCCGUAUCCUUUUGGGCGCUUCAUACUUCUAACAAGUGAGAGGCCUCUCUUUAGAUCUGGUUUAUUUUUGGAAUGCCUGAGUGUGUUUCUCUAUUGGGGGGGGGGUCGCCACAGGGUGUUGUUUUAAUUCUUGACAUGCUCUUCUCAGCAUGUUUUGGUAGUCAUCCUGGAUCUCAUGUUUGCAAAUUCUGUUGAUAAUUAAGUGAUGUAUUGACCUCUCUGACAUUGUGUGAAUGUUUGUGGCUGGCCUUUAUUGUAGAACCUUGUGGUUUUGCUUUCAAUUGGGAUAGAAAGUUAAACUUCCAUUGUUCAAAUUUUAGGUUUAUCUAGUGGAAUUGUGCCCGAUAGUUGUCUAACUAUGGACCAGUUUGGGGGAAUGUAGGUUGACAAAUGUGUAUUUGACUCUAGAUAAUCCUUUACUCAAAAUAGUAAAUUAAAGGCUAUAGUAUUAGAGUUCUCUUAAGUUUUAAGUUGUCAGAUCUUUAAAUGUGGAUGAUGAUCAGCAUUGUGUUUAUGAAUUUCCUUAGGGAAAAGAGAAAAAUUCAGUCUCCAAACCUUUUCUUAGAGACUAAACUUACCAUAUAUGGAAAAUGAAAAUAUUUUAAAAAGUGGCUUUGAUUAUUUUUUAAUGGAGUUUAAUCAGCUUAAUUAAUUAUUUUUCCUAGGUUGAAGCACUUAUUUCCCAAAUUUGAAUAAAGGGAAAAGAUCAGCAAUUUGGCCCCUUUUUUUUGAGGCCAUUUUUAGUUUUCUGCCCCCAUUUCCCAACCCUAGUAUAAGAUGAAUUACGGGUAUCCCUCUAAGUCCCUGUAACCCCUUUUUGAGAUCACAGAAACCUUUGAUAAUCUGAUGAAAGUGAUGGACCCUCUCCCCAGAAAAAAAAAAUGCACAUACACAGAUAAUUUUACAUACAACCUCAGGGGCAUCACACAUCUAAAACCCAAGUUAAGGAUCUCUGCUCUAAGUAAACUCUAUAGAGAAAAUUUUCAUGCAAUUAAUUGAUAAAAUUAAGAACUAACUAUUGGCUUAAAACAUUUCAGAUUGGAAUUAUUGUUAGAUGGUGGCCCCUACUAGCAAAAUGUGACAUUGCAACCAGCUUUGUUAGACAUCCAGACAGAAGGAAAAAAGCAAUGUUCUGAGAGCUACUUAUAAGGAGUCAGGGCAUCUCUAGAUGUGGGAGCCAUUCCUGGUUCAAGGCAGGGGUCAGGGUGCCUGACAGCUUCUAGCAGGGUAGAGUUUGAUAAACCACAAUGCUCAGGAUGCCAAGGGGUUAGCCAUUAUCUUAACCCCUUCCUCACCAAAAGAUUUUAGUUUUGUCUAUUAGGAAAAAAGAUGUCACUGGGGAAAAAAAAAAAAAAAGAUUUGCCUUACAACUUUGCUGGAACACAUCAGUUUGGUGACGUAUGGGACACCAGUAUUAUUUGUGAGAAGGUACAUAAAACCAAAGUAAAUUAUUCUCUAUGUAGAACAUUAUUUACUAGUAUCAUUUGUUUGGAUGUAUUAGCUUUGACAAUUUUUACCAGUAAAUAUUGGUUUUAUUUAAAACUGGGAAUCCAAUUUAUAAAUAGGAUAGUUGUUGUAUCUGUCCUUUCCCCUGUGUAAAGAAUAGUUUAAAGAUUUAUGCAUACUUUUUACUUUUCUCUCUUGAUGCCAUGGAGUGGGGUGGGGUGGGGUGGGGUGGGGGGAGAUCUUUGAGUCAAUAACUGACAAAAUGUCUUCUCCAAAUUUAAAAAUUGAGAAACAGCACUUUAAGUCCUAACUCUACACCAUUUUAGUGCAUGUAUUAGUUUUCAUAAUGAUUUUUGGUGCAUGCCUUUGGGCUUCUUCAAAAGUGUACAAUAGGAAAGUGUAUUUCCUUUCUUAGAAAGGAGAUUUUUUUCUACUUUGCAACUUGUGAUUACAAAAAUCUUCCUCUGUGGGAAGAUUAACCAUGUAUUGAACUACUGAAAAGUAUAUAUUUUUAGAUAUACAGAAGGAAUCUACAUGGAGCAGCAUUCAGACCUAUAUAGAAGUCAUAGCAUUCUGUAUAGGACCAAAAAGGAAAUAACAUUAAACACUUAAACAGACUUUGUUGGGUAGAAAUACCUUUAGAUCUUGCAUUUACUUCCAAAAAGAAAAUACCACAGAAGUUUGCUGAAAACUUCUGUUGUUUGAAUUUUCUCUGUCAGUGUAUUUAGCCCAAAUACAACAGCUUUGGGUUAACACAUACAUAAGAAUCAAAAAAACAAAACUAACUAAAUAGAUCAGUCUGGUUUGUCAAUCCAGCUUGACUGAAAUAAGUAAACUAAUCACUUGGAACAUGAAAAACUGUCCAACUCCUCUAAGGUUUUGACAAAAUAACCUUGGCUGAUGUGGGAAGAUUCCCACUUUGAUUUCUGACCUGACAGUGAAGAUUCAUGCUUGACAUGAUUUCAAACCUGACAGUGUCUGUUUAAGGAGCUAUGGUACAGUUUGCUAAUUCAAUCCCAGAUACCUGUUGAUUACCUGUGAGAUCUAGAGUCCAAAGUAGCCAGCAGCCAUAUCCCUGAGUGCUCUGUGCCCAUCAGAUCUCUUAAAGUAAGCAGGGUUGGGACAGGUAACAGCUCAGAUGAGUGACCUCAGGUGCCGUGGACAGCCUCAGAUUCAAGAAUUGUAUCUGUUUUCUUGGGAGUCAUCACUGAACUAAUGUCCCACAUGGUGUUACUUACUGUAGAUGCUCUCUCUUAGAGGAGGCCCAGAGCACACAUCCUAAUCGCUUGUGGUACUCAGAGAGGGGGUGCUAACUCUGAGGCCCUGGCCAAAUUCCAGUUUAGGGAUGUGGGUCUUCUUCUUGCCAUUCUAAUUGGAAAUGUGCAUCGCUUCCCAUUUUCCCUGUUGACCUCAGUGCAAACUGCAUUAGUCUGUUUCUUUGCCCUGGUCCCAAGUAAGAUCCUGGUGUGUAUUAUAUGGGCCAUGUUUAUGCCUUAUCUUAAUGCACAAGAGUUGAGGAAUGAGUGAGCUCCAUAUCAAAGUGCCCUGUAGUUAGAGGGGAACUCUUGUGAUGCUUUGGAGGUGAAAUGGGCCCUUUUGGCAUAAGUUGGGGAAUAUGCACUGGCCGGAGGCUUCCAGCCAUGAGGUGUGAAUUGAAACCUAUUUCCCUCUUUUCUUAUAGCACGUUGAGAAAAUCUGUUGGGUUUUCAGCAGUCAGGGAAGGCCGGAGUUCUGCAGCUUUAAUCUGGGUAACUGAGGCUGGUUGGGGCAAGACUUCGGUUAAUUAACUGGGUUCUCAGAUGCCACAGACUCCGUGAAAAGUCACCAUUAUUUUCAAUGGUUGUGAUAGAAUUUCCCCCCAGUAGCCAUUAUUUUAAGAUUAUAUUGCAGAGUUGCUUUAUUUGAGCUUUUCAUGUAUACACAAUCCCAAACUGGAAGAAAUAAUUUAAAAAAAAAAAAAAAGGAAUCCUGCUGUGAAAGGUAUAUAUUACUCUAGAUUUUUCUUACUGUAAAUAUUGUAAGAUUGUAAUACUGUCGAUAUUUUAUUAACCAACAAAUGUUAAUCUAUGUGAAUUCAGACUUAUUUUAAAUGUGCUUCUUAUUUACUGUGUGUGGUCCCUGUUGCUGACAGUAUUAAGUUAUAUUCUGAUGUAAGAUUAACUUUAUUAAAGAAUGUAAACAUUCAUGUUUCCUUAUGGGAAAACAAAUAAAGUAUAAAGAAGACAAUUCUUUUCAUUAAAAUAUACUGUGUAUUUACACUUGCUAGACCCAGCACCACUUAUAAAUUUAGUACACUGUUCAGAAUUUUAGUUAACACGGCUGACAUGGUUGUGCUCUGUUUGAAAGUCUAAGAGUAGGUAUUGUUGGAAUAUAAAGUUUGUAUUUGUCUGCUGUGAAUCAUAAUCUUGAAAUUUCUAAUCAAGUUUGUAAAAUUUUUAUAGUAAAACAUUUUAAUGACAAUUUAAAAAUUUACUUCUCUAAAGAAUGGUCAAAACAGUAUCCUUUCAAAAAUAGAAUUGUUCUUUAAUAUCUUUCCAAACUGACUUUGGUUAAAUGGACCAGAUGUAUAUUAGUUAAAAUUUAGGACAAAGUUGUGAUAUUCUUUGAGUUUACAAGUUAAUCCUUAUUGGAAAUGUGCCAAUUAUACAGUAGAAUAUCAUUAAUUUGCACUGUUUGGGGACCCCAUUAAGAAUGCUGAAUUUUGCCAACUAAGAAGUAAGCAAAUGCAAUUUAAAAAGUAAAUUUGAGCAUUCUGUAUUAAAUAUGUGCAGUUAUUAUCACAUGAAGAAGCGCAGUGUGUCGGGCUGUAAUAUAACCAUACUUGCUGUCAUGUUCUCCCAUCUCAGUGCUGGGAACUCACCAUGUGGAAACCAAGCAAAUGUGUUGUGCAUCAGCCGGCUUGAGUUUGUUCAAUAUCAAAGCUGAAACUAGCGAGGUCUGCUGUA